GUUUUAAGGCUCUUGUGAUCAAUUUGGCAGAUACCGGAAAUCACUUUUUUCCCAUGACACCGGAAACCAACCAAUAAAUGUGACAUUGCACAUGCGCAAGCCUCUCGUGCGUUCGACCUCUACUGCAAACCGACUUCGGAUAAACUCCAGCUGCUGUGGGUGACCUGACCAGAACGUCCCAUCGUAAUGUAUGCCUGCUCUAAGUUCGUCUCCACGCCCUCUCUGGUCCGUGCUGGAUCCAGGGCGCUGUACAGACCGCUCUCAGCAGCAGUAGUGUCAGACGGCAGGAGAGCAGAGACUGCUUCGCUUCUGGCACCACUGAGCGGCGGUGUCUCCCAGCAGCAAGUGGCAUUGCGGGGAUUCCAAACCAGCGCCGUGAGCCGUGACAUCGACACUGCUGCCAAGUUCAUUGGAGCAGGAGCUGCCACUGUGGGAGUCGCUGGAUCUGGAGCCGGAAUUGGGACAGUGUUUGGCAGCCUUAUCAUUGGAUAUGCCAGGAACCCCUCUCUGAAGCAGCAGCUGUUUUCUUACGCCAUCCUGGGCUUCGCUCUGUCUGAAGCUAUGGGUCUCUUCUGUCUGAUGGUUGCAUUCCUCAUUCUGUUCGCCAUGUAAAACCAGCUGUGAAAGGAUAACUCACAAUGUUAACAAGAAUAAGCAGUUUGAACAGCUGUGUGAUUGCUGGUUAUCAUGUUUAUCUUUGUGUUCUUGAAAGAUCUGAAUCCAUUCACGUAUGAAACUCUGGCAAAACAUUUCAAGGACUGUUGUGUCCUCGUUGUAUAUUUAAUCAGCAGUUUUUGUUAACAAACAUGCAACCAGUAACAGAAAUAAAAUGUUUAAUUCCUCAA